ACCAGUAAGCGUCUUUCUGCUGAAACAUGGAUGUGGAGAAAGUGUUUCACAUGACUGGCUAUGCCCAAAAUUCUUCGCUCCAGAAAAAGGGAUCGGAUAUGGUGAAACAUAUAACCAUGGAAACGAUACAACAAGUUUACAGUGAAGUAAAACCGAGGAGCAUAGGCAUAGCUGAUUUGGGAUGCUCUUCUGGACCCAACUCGUUAUCCAUCAUCAAAGAUAUGGUCCAGGCGCUUGAAGGAACCAGCCAUAAAGUUUCCCAUCCCAUGCCAGAAUUUCGAGUUUAUCUUAAUGAUCUUCCCACAAAUGACUUCAAUUCAGUGUUUAAGUCCUUGCCUGAUUUUUAUAGGGACAUUAAGAAAGACAAAAAUCAGGAUGAUACUGCUAUUUUCGUUGGAGCCUAUCCCGGUUCAUUUUAUGGAAGACUGUUCCCAUGCAGUUGCUUGCACUUCAUCUAUUCAUCUUACAGCUUGCAUUGGCUCUCCAAGGUUCCUCCAGCUCUUUACGACGAGCGUGGCGAGUCUAUCAACAAAGGAAACGUUUACAUAUCUGAAUCAAGCUCUCCAAUUGUGUCUCAAGCGUACUACAACCAAUUCCAAGAGGACUUUGUAUUGUUCUUAAAAUUACGAUCGAAAGAGCUAGUUACAGGUGGGAGAAUGGUUCUGAUUCUAUUGGGGAGAAAAGGCCAAGAUCAUGUUGAUAGAGGCAAUUCUUUCCUCUGGGAAAUUCUCUCAAGAUCCCUUGCCAUAUCUGUUUCUCGGGGUGAAAUUGAAAGGGGAAAGCUUGAUUCUUACGAAGUGCAUUUUUAUGCAGCAUCGAGAAAUGAAAUAGAGGAUGAAGUGAGACGAGAAGGGUCUUUCGAAAUGGAGAGGCUGGAGACGUUUGAGACAGAGAGGGGAGGAGGAAAUGGGAAGAGCUACGGCACGAAAGUGGCUAUGACCGUUAGGGCUAUCCUAGAAUCCCUGCUUCGUGACCAUUUUGGAAAUGGGAUUGAUUUAGACAACUUGUUUAACAAUUAUGGAAAAAUGGUUGAUAAGGAAAUGGUUAAAGAAGAUAUUAAACCCAUCUCCUUUGUUGUAGUUCUUAAGAAAUUAUAA